CUUUCAGAUCGAGUCAGCCUUAGCUCAAGAAGACGGGCCUGCCAAGAGGGGGCGGGAUGGACUGUUUAAAAAAGAACGUCCAGCAUGAGGUCAAACUUAAGGGGACAUAUUGUAGUUGCCGAGAGCCAUUUCACAUCAAUUUUGAAGCAAGGAUCACCAUAUUUAAUGACAUGGUCAACGCCUACCUUCGCCUACUUGAAAGGAGAAGCCUUCUGGCUCCCACUCCACCCACAAUCUGGUCAUUUGCUUCUUUCUUCUUGGUGGCGUGGCGACAUGGUGGAUUCGCUAGAGUCGAACGGUGGACUGGAGAACAAAAUAUCCUAGACCGAGACGUCAUAUUGUUUCCCGUUCUUUUGGAGGCAGAAUUCCGCUGGGUGUUGGCAUCAGCGUUUCCAAAGAUUAUGGAAAUUCAUAUCUACGAUUCACUCCGACGAUCACGCCCCAAACUGGCAAAGGAAAUUCAAUCCUACCUAACCGACUAUGCUACAUCCCGGGAAUGUCCUAUUCUCCAGCUGGACACUUGUCCCGAACUCAGCCUGCCUCCAGCAAAACCCCGACGGGAAAGAUGGUGGGGUCUUCAUCUGCUUCUUCACAGAACAGCUACUGAAGAGACAGUCGACUGA